GAAACCUAACCAGAAAAUGGUUUCCCCCCUACGCCCUCUCUCCCCGUACUUUUUUUUUGGUGAGUGAUUGAUUGUGCGAUUGUGGUAAAGAAUUGGUCUCCCCAUUUCAUUGCCUGGCUUCAACAAUCACUAUAUAUAUAUAUACUCUGGUAGAUCCCCUCCCCCUGAUUUUCCUUCUACAAAUAUUUUAUAAUUAUCCAAAGCAAUCUAUUUCUGUUAAGAUUAUUUCAAUUGAUAUUUGUGUGUUUGUUAUACCAUUCAAUCUCAUAUACUUAAACAACAACGUCAUUAAUUAUGGUCGGAAAAGAACAAGCCUUGCUUAACUAUUUACUUGCUUUACCUAAACUUGAAUCCAUCAGAGGUAAUGCUCCCAAACUCUUGAAAGUAAUUGAUGAAUAUGUUGAAAAACAUCAUUAUAUGAAUGUGGGUCCACUCAAAGGUGAAGUCAUCAUUAAUGAAAUUAGAAAAGUCAAACCAAAGACCAUGAUUGAAUUAGGAGGUUAUUUCGGAUAUUCCGCCGUAUUAUUUGCCAAUGAAUUACCACCUGAUGAUAAUACUGCCAAGUAUUAUAGUUUUGAAUUAAAUCCUGAAUUCGCCAAUAUUGCAAGACAGGUGGUUGAUAUUGCCGGUUUACUGGAUAAAGUGGAAAUCAUUGUUGGUCCUGCUGCAAAGUCAUUAGUUGAAUUUGAAUCUAAAUUAAGCAGUGGAAAGGGAUAUAAAUCAGUUGAUUUUGUGUUUAUUGAUCAUUGGAAAGAUAAAUAUGUUCCUGAUUUAAGAGUAUUAGAAAGUUUGAAUUUACUUGCUCCAGGAACUCUUAUAGCUGCUGAUAAUAUUUAUACUCCAGGUGUUCCAGAAUAUGUAAAAUAUGUUCAAGGAUCUCCAGAAGAUAGAAAAGAAUUCAAUUAUAAAGUACCUAAUGAUAGUGGUAAAGAGUUUUUAGGAAGAUGGAAUAUCUUGUAUGAUUCCAAAACAGUUCCAGUCCAAGAAGCUAACAGAUUAGAUGCAGUUGAAAUCACCAAAGUCGUGGAAUAUCUUAAUGGUUGAUCUUUGUGUUUAGUAUAUAGCUAGAUGGUGUAUAGGUAGAAGGUUUAUAGGUAUAUAGGUAUAUAAUCCAAAAUGUUUAGUGUAUAGUAAAGUUUAAUUUGGUAGCCUCACUGAC